GGCCGCAAGGAAUAAGUUUUCGUGGUGUUCGGUCCUCUCGAGUGCGUGUUCGCGAUCGGUGGUUCCGUUGGGCUUUGGGGUCGUGGUAAUCAUUUCAUUCUUGUCCGUUCCUUUUGUUUUCGAUUUAGUCGUUGGUUUAAUUUCGGGUUCGUCGGUCGGUUGCUGGACGAGGUUCAUCGCUGCCGUGCGCAGAUCGCCGGUAUCAUCACGCCGUCAGGCAUCAUUGACUUCUAUCAACACUGUAUUACCGGGCUGAAAUGGUGCUUCCUAUAAAUCUUCUCCCUCGGGGUGACCACCAUGCCAUCGUACCAGUAUAGUGAAUUCAGAUGGCCCACAAAGAAGAGUGAGACGAAUUAGCAACAAAGCAAAGAAGAUGAUACGGAAUGCAGAAGACAAAACGGUCAGCGCGGAGUUCAAGGAGCGAAAUGAGAUUUAAAUGUUAACCAUUAAAAACGUCUUGUUUGUGAGGUGUUGAGGUGAUGUUUUAUUAGUGAAGAUUACGUUUACACACAAGCAUGAAUCUAGAAGUAAGUGGCGCUUCGCAAAGCGAAGAAAAGUGAAGUUGUGAUCAAUCAAUUAUGUGUAACAGCGGGUGGUACGCAGACUCUCCGGGAGGUGCAGAUCGACUGACAGACAGCUUCUUUUUCAGCCAUGAAGGUUCUCUGUUACUGAUAACUAGAUACAAACUACAAGUGAGUGGAAGACAAACCAAGUGUGAAAAAUAUAAAUAAUCCAAAUUGAUCACGUCUUUUGACACGGGGAAUGAUGAUCAAGACAUCGAUAAUUGCAGCAACGUACAAAUUGAUCCCCGCGCGCGGUGUCGGAUGGCUAGUGUUAAUGGGCCCGGUACAUAACAUUGGUGUUAUUUUAUGAGAUUAUAAUUGUUCGCUGAUUGAGUGUGGUCGUUGGAAGUGAGUGAGUACGCUGAGCUGCUAAGAGAUUACAUAAAUUUGCAUAAUCCGACAACUGUCAUCUUUCAUCUGACUGUCUUUAUGUGUGUGUGUAUGUGGUCCAGUUGGAUCCAAUGCAGAUCGAGGAAGAGCGGUUGAUCACACAGGGUACUUGCUAUUCACUUGAUUCGUGCAUCGCCGAUCACGGUAGCAACGACACCGCAUGAGUUUUACUCAGGGAUUUUCCAGCAACGCCCAAGGAUGAUUGAUGAAAGUCAUUAUAAGCAACUGCAGGCUGUCAACCGAUUACCAUGAUCUGGAUCUUAUUUCAACGGGACAAUGAUCGCUCGUGUAGUGGAUUAAAAUGAAAAACGUUCGGCUGAUCAUAUGUAUGAUACUCAUGUUUGUCGAAAUCAGACUCGCCGAAAGUUUUACGUCCUCUGUGCUCUGCUCACGUAUUCCUGGUCUCUUACCUUAUCAAAGACAACUUUGUGUUGAAGCACCGGAUGCCGUUGUAUCAUUGAGCACUGGCCAAAAAAUAGGAGCGCAAGAGUGUCAACACCAAUUCAGAGGUCAUCGUUGGAAUUGUACACAGGUCUGGAAGAAGGACAUGUUUGGACACAUCGUGAUAAUCGGCUCUCGAGAGGCAGCAUUCACAUAUGGGAUCACAAGCGCCGGAGCCGUUCACGCUAUAACGGCAGCAUGCGCCAAAGGAAACAUUACAAUGUGCGGUUGCGAUUCAAAGCAGAAGAUGCAAUUUUCCACAGAAAGUGAUAGCUGGAAAUGGGGCGGAUGCUCCGCUGAUAUCGGCUUUGGAAUGCGAUUCACCAAGAAGUUCCUGGAUGCACGGGAGAUUGAAAAUGAUGAUCGAAGUCUGAUGAAUCUUCAUAACAACCGGGUGGGUCGGAAGAUUGUCAAAUUAUUGCUGCGUACGGAGUGUAAAUGCCACGGUGUGAGUGGGUCAUGCGCCAUGAAGACAUGUUGGAAAAGUUUACCGUCUUUCCAUGCAAUCGGUGACAUCAUGAUGAAAAAGUAUCGCAAGGCAAAGAUGGUUCAGGCCACUUCUGUAGAGAUGGCUACGGUGACGGCUGGAAAAUCUAACAACGGUCAGCGGCAGUUGGUUUUAAAAAGGAGAGGCAAGUUCCAACACACAACUGUUAAUAGCCAAAAACCAAAGAGAAUGGAAUUGGUUUAUUUACAACAUUCACCAAACUAUUGCGAACGUGAUAUUGCGUCCGGCAUUUUGGGUACGCUUGGGCGCCAAUGCAAUCGAACAUCGACCUCUAUGGACAAAUGUGAUCUUUUAUGCUGCGGACGAGGCUACAAUACGCAUCAGAUUGUGAAAAGUUGGCAAUGUAACUGUAAGUUCAAAUGGUGUUGCACCGUUAACUGCGACAUUUGUACAGAUCAAACCGAAGAGUACACAUGUAAAUAGGGCACCAAAAGGUUCAUUGAAUUUAUUGUAAAUAGCCUAAGACAAAAAAUGACUUUUUAGCUUUAUCUUAGUUGUUUUUAAUCGUCAAGACAAAUAUCAGUAUUAUUU